AUGGAGGACACUGAAAACAUAGAAGAAGAUGAAUAUGGGUUCUCAAGAAACUACUUCCUGGCGAAAGAACUGGGCGGGUCAAGCAAGCGGUCAGCACACAAGCUCUCCGAUAUUAAUCUUGUUGAUGAGCAGGAGCUUAGAGAAACAGCAUCUAAUAUUGAAACGAAGCACACAAAAGAGAUUUCUGAGCUUCUGGACGGUUACAAGACUAUGUACCCAAAGUGGGUCUUUGAGCUCAGGUGUGGCUUUGGCCUUCUAAUGUAUGGAUUUGGAUCAAAGAAAGCUUUAAUAGAAGAUUUUGCUUCUGCUUCUUUAACUGAGUACUCCGUGGUGGUUAUCAAUGGCUACCUCCCUUCCAUAAAUCUAAAACAGGUUCUUUUAGCAAUAGCCGAACUUCUGUCUGAGCUGUUGAAAUGUAGAAGAAAGAGUUCUGGGAGCGUAUCUAAAAGCCAAGAAACAUUUCCUUCGCGCUCCAUCGAUGAUAUUCUUGCCUUCCUACAUGGUUCACAGUCUAAUGACAGAGACUGCUUCAUAUGCGUUCUUGUUCAUAACAUUGACGGCCCUGCUCUAAGGGAUCCUGAGUCACAGCAAACUCUUGCCCAGCUUGCUUCUUGUUCUCACAUACGCAUCAUUGCCUCUAUUGACCAUGUCAAUGCUCCACUAUUGUGGGACAAGAAAAUGGUGCACAAACAGUUUAACUGGCUAUGGCACCACGUUCCAACGUUUGCACCAUAUAAAGUCGAAGGCGUAUUCAUCCCAUUGGUUCUCGCACAGGGAAGCACAGCCCAAACCGCCAAAACAGCAGCCAUUGUCUUGCAGAGUUUGACACCAAACGCUCAGAACGUGUUCAAGAUUCUCGCUGAUUACCAACUCUCUCACCCAGACGAAGACGGCAUGCCCGUUGAUGAUCUGUACUCAGCCUCUCGUGAACGCUUCUUCGUGAGCAGUCAAGUGACUCUAAACUCUCAUCUCACGGAGUUUAAAGACCACGAGCUCGUCAAGACCAAGAGAAACUCCGAUGGACAAGAGUGUUUGAACAUUCCUCUCUCCUCUGAUGCACUUCGUCAGCUCCUGCUUGAUCUCAAUCAAUAG